AUGGAAAAGCUAUUACAGUGGUCUAUUGCGAGCUCCCAAGGUGACAAAGAGGCUAUGGCAAGGGCUGGUCAACCUGACCCAAAGUUAUUACAACAAUUAUUCGGUGGCGGCGGCCCCGAUGAUCCGACCUUAAUGAAGGAAUCCAUGGCUGUUAUCAUGAAUCCAGAAGUCGAUGUGGAAACCAAAUUGGUCGCGUUCGACAAUUUCGAAAUGCUUAUUGAGAACUUAGACAACGCUAACAAUAUUGAAAACUUAAAGUUGUGGGAGCCACUGUUGGAAGUCCUCAACCAAACAAAAGAAGAAGAACUUCGUGCUGCUGCUUUAUCCAUUAUAGGCACAGCUGUGCAGAACAAUGUAAACUCACAAAAUAACUUCAUGGAGUACAACCAAGGUCUGCGAAGCAUUAUUGAAAUAGCUAGCGAUGAAGAAAAGCCACUUGAUGUGAGAACAAAAGCAUUUUAUGCUCUGUCGAACCUAAUUAGAAACCACAAGGACAUGUCAGAUAAGUUUUUCAAGUUAAAUGGGCUAAACUGUAUAGCGCCUGUGCUAAGUAAUCCCGCCGUCAAACCAAAAUUGAAAAUGAGGGCUGUUGCAUUAUUAACCGCUUAUUUAUCAUCUGUCAGAAUAGAUGAAGAUUUGAUCAACGUGCUAAGAAAAGAUGGAGUAGUUGAGAGUACGAUUGAGUGCUUGUCUGAAGAGGCCAAUUUGAAUAUUAUAGAUAGGGUACUGUCAUUCCUCUCUCAGCUGAUUUCAUCGGGAAUAAAAUUUAAUGAACAAGAACUGCAUAAGCUGAAUGAGGGUUAUGAACAUAUCGAGCCUCUCAAAGAUAGACUUAACGAAGAUGAUUAUUUAGCCGUAAAGUAUGUGUUAUGA